AUGCGGGAACGAGCCAGGGCUUACAGCAUGUUGUGGAGGAUGUCGUGGAAGGUGCUGACGGGACCCCAGCUCUGCAGGCUGCGUCUUUACAGAACACCGCCACCAGCUCUCAAAAUCAGACCUUUGGCGUGUGUCACCUAUGAAACGGACAGCCGGUCAAACCAAGAGAACACGAGAACAGUGGCUGGGCUCCACGCGUUCUCCAUGGACAUCAGGAAGAUCCGCAGACUGAAACCAUGGGUGCUUCUAGAGGAUGACACCCACGUUGAAGAGAUUGCAGACAUUCUGAAAGAACUAGGUGCCAGCAAGACUGUGGUAGCCAGUAUCUUGGAACGCUGUCCAGAAGCGAUCGUCUGCAGCCCUGCUGCGGUUAAGGCCAAAAGGGAACUCUGGCAGAUGGUCUGCAAAAGCGAAGCAGAGCUAAUCCGGUUAAUAGAGCAGUUCCCAGAGCCUUUCUUUACUGUUAAGGACCAGGAGAACCAGAAGCUCAAUGUUCAGUUCUUUCAAGAGCUGGGGCUCAAGAAUGUGGUGAUUAGCAGGUUUCUGACGACUGCCUCUAGCAUCUUCCAUAAUCCUGUAGUGAACAACAGGCGGAUGAUAGGGGCUCUCCAGGAGAGCUACCUAAACUUGGGCGGCUCUCUGGCCAACGCCAAAGUGUGGCUGCUGAAGUUACUAAGCCAAAAUCCAUUCAUUGUGUUGAGUUCUCCCAUGGCUGUAGACCAAAUACUAAAAUUUCUUCAAGGGCAAGGUUUCACAGACUCUCAAGUUCUUCAGCUGCUGUCCAGACUGAAAGGGUUUCUUUUUCAACUGCAGCCAGGAAGCAUCCACAACAGUAUUUCCUUCGCUAAGACGACUUUUGAAUGCACAGACCGUGAGCUGCGGCAGUUAGUUGUGGACUGUCCUGUGCUGCUGUGUUACCCUGCCCCAGUUCUAGAAGAGAGGAUCCAGGCCCUUCUGAAGGAAGGCAUCUCCAUGGCUCAGAUAAGAGAGUCCCCAAUGGUCCUUGAGUUAACGCCACAGAUAGUCCAAUACAGGAUAAGAAAGCUGAACUCCUUGGGCUACAGAAUAAAGGAUGGCCAUCUAGCAAGUCUAAACGGAACAAAAAAGGAGUUUGAGGCUAACUUUAGCAAAAUGCAAGCCAAGCAAGGAAGGCCGCUAUUUAACCCUGUGGCACCAUUAGAUGUGGACCAGUGACCGAUUCACAAACAAGCGAUUCAGCUUGUGAGUACUAGGGAGUCUCAGGACCUACUGAGAUUUGAGUUGUGUUCGAAUUACCUCACAACUGAUGGCCUCUGACUCAAUUGCUGCGCUUUAAAAUAUAAAAUAAAUAUAAAUUGUGUUUGAAUAAAAUCAUUGACUUGAC